CAAACUGGUGUUUUGGCUCCCUUUUCAAAGAAAUAUGCUCUGCAACGGCGGCCCCCCUUUUUUUGCUUUUCGAGGGCUUGCUGCUGUGCAACUUCAUCUCAUUCAUGCAUGGCAUCAAAAAUUGCAUAACAUCGAUUGAUCACCGACAUUAUACCACCAAGAAACCACAUACAUAUGGAUACCAUACAUUGUACCUCUUUCUACACCAUUUGAUUCUAGCUGUUUUUUUUGCUUUUCUUGUCAGAACAUGGCUGGGCAGCAACACUUCGGGGCGAACCUCAUUUUCCGACUUUUUUUUCUUUGCAUGGAACAUUCAACAUGCUAAGAACUAGCAUUCAGCACGAGUUGCGUUGCUCGUGUGUUAAAUUCGUUUAAUCAUCAUCUCUGUUUCCCCCCUUUUGUCUCUUUUUU